CUCGGCUUCAACUUGGACUGGGAACCCCAUGUCGCGUCCACAGGAUGACAGAAACCAAGAAGCAACUGUCUAUCUUGGAAACCUCGAUGAACGUUGUACAGAUGCUAUUGUUUGGGAACUUAUGCUACAGGCGGGGCCAGUCGUCAAUGUGCACCUUCCCAAAGACCGAAUAUCAAUGGCUCAUCAAGGCUACGGCUUCUGCGAGUUCCUGACAGAGGAAGAUGCGGAAUACGCAUGCAAAAUUAUGAACCAAAUCAAAUUGUGGGGGAAACCUAUUCGGGUUAAUAAGGCAUCCUCUGAUAAGAAACAACUCGACGUGGGAGCGAACUUGUUCAUCGGUAACUUGGACGAAAAUGUCGACGAGCGACUACUUUAUGACACAUUCAGUGCGUUCGGUCUCAUGGCUACCACUGCAAAGAUUGCACGGGACCCUAGUACUGGUUCCUCCAAAGGUUACGGUUUUGUCUCUUACACGGAUUUUGAGGCAUCCGACGCCGCUAUCGAGUCAAUGAACGGGCAGUUCUUAAUGAACAAGGCUAUCACAGUUCAGUACGCAUUCAAGAAGGACGGAAAGGGAGAACGUCAUGGCACAGCUGCUGAACGUUUACUUGCUACUCAAGCACGGAAAAACAACGCUUUACCUGUUGCUGCUCGGCCACCACCUGCACCGAUAGCGUUUGGUGGUCGGCCUCCGAUGCCUUUCCAAGGCCCUUACCAAGGCCAAUUUGCCGGCGCUUUGGCGCAAGCCCCACCGCCUCCAGGGUUUACGCCUCAACAGACUGUCAUGCCCCCACAGAUACCAAUGCAGAUGCAAAUGCCUCCUCCUCCUGGUAUGGGCCCCCCUGCCAUAUCAGGAAUGCCACCCGCAUCUCCUAUGCAACCACCUCAAAUGCCAAUGUAUGGUCAGUUUUCACCAACACCACCUCCUGGAUUCAAUGUCCAAGGUUUCCCUGGCCAUGUACCACCACCACCACCCCCUGGAUUUCAACCCCAGUUUCAACAAUAAUACCUAGUUGCUCUGGCCUCGAUCGAUACAUCGAUACAUCGCUGCAUUUUUUGGCUUCUUGGCUUCGAGAUGCAAUUCAUUUCUUAUGAAAUAUUUAUCUGGCCCUCGGUCGCUCGCAACAUCAUGACCAGCUGGCUUUCGUCAUGCAUACCUUUACUCGCAAGUUGGCUGUGUUCCUGGUACAUCGAAAACCAAGAAACCGUUACGUGAAGUGAAUGGAAGGAUCAGAGUGUCUGGCCUUGGUAGGACCAAUUUCAGUGUUUGUAUCAAUAUCUGCCAACAAUCAUUAUUCUAGCGAUGUCGUGUC